AAGCACACGUACUGUACUACUGUUCACAAAAGCCCAAGUUUAAGAUAAUACAUCCAAUAAUUUGACGACAUUAGUGCAAGUUUAUUUUUUUUUAUUGACAAAAAAGAAAUCAAUGCAUACAAGAAAUGCGGCAUUAUGACAUUUUUGCUUUAGAUGAUGAUUAUUCGAUUUUUCUGUGAAUAGCAUUAUGCAAAUCCGUCUUUAUUAUGUACAGUGUAGAAUAAAACCAAUACGUAUGCUUGGUAGUGUGCCUUUCAUCCUUGCAGAGUCGUUUGUAUCUACGUUCGCGUUUGCGUGUCGAGCUUUUUUAUAAGCAAUAUUAACGGUGAACAGUGGCUAGUCGGUAAUUACAGUAUGUCUAUUAUCGAUAAAAUUUCUUACUACCAGCGCAAUUUAGAGAACUGCGGUGAUGAUGAGGAUCGGAUAUUACAUUAUAUUUCGAAGCUAUAUAAGUUGCCUGUGACGGUACAGCAUCUUCAACAGACAGGUGUAGGAAGGACUGUGAACGGCUUCAGAAAAUACUGUGGCACUGUCGGUGAUGCCGCUAAAUCUCUGGUUUGUAAAUGGAAGAUUAUGGUGGUAGAUACUACAGAAGACUCCAGUGAUAGAGAAGAUGAGGAUGAAGCUCUUGUAAUUGAUGCUCAUGAAGAUUGUACCGGUACUCCUGAAUCUCCAAAACUAGAGGAUAUAGAAGAAGGUGAUUCUUCAUCCAAUCAAUCGUCAGAAUCAAAAUAUGUGCAUAAAUAUGAGAAAAUAAAGAGUGAAUUAUCUACAAAACAUAGUGUAGUGCAUUUGUCCAAGUCUAAGUCAGAGGAAAAGCAAGAGAUGCAUGAGAAAAGUAGACAUUCUUCUAAACAUUCACAUAGUGAAAGAAGGUCCAAGGAAUCAAAGAGCAGUAAGAGUACUGUGACUAAAGAAACUCAUAGCUCGAGCACAAAGCAUAGCCAUAACAAGGAUGAUUUAAAGAAGACUAAAGCAACUGAGAUUAACGAGGACAAUAAUAAGAAGAGAAAAACAACAGAUUCUACUUCUCUACCAAAGGAAAACAAGAAGAGGAAGCUGUCAGACAGCAAAAGUGAUGAUGAGAAACCUCAACUAUCUAUUUCAGAGCAUAAUCGUUCCCAACUAAAAUCUUCUGGAAUUCAGAUAGAGGUGAAAAUUAAAGUAGAAGAUGAACAGUUUUUAGCAUCUGAUAACAAACAAGAUGUUAAACAGGAGAAAUAUUUGCAGGGAAAAUCCAAGAGCAGUAAGCUCAAGUCCCAAGAAUCAGAUAGUAAAGCAAAGGGUAGCAGUGAAAAACAAAAGCAUAAUAAAGAACAUACUAGUCAUAAAAAACAUGAUACAAAAAGAAGCUCCAGUCAUCAUUCUAGCAAGGAAAUUUCUAAAGUUAGUUCGUCGAAAGUUAGUUCCUCUAGUAGUAAAGAUUAUAUUAAGAGCAAAGAUAAAGAUAAAAGAAAGGAACACAAAGAGGAUAAAAAUAAGCAUGAGAAGAAGAAAGAGACAAAAAUUAAAUUAAUGCAAGAUAUAAACGGUGAUAAAGGAAUUGAUUGCAAUUCUGGUGCAAGUUUUGCAGAAGCACUUGGCAUGUGCUCAAUGCCUCAACCAACGAAAAAGCGUCAGAGUAAUUCGUCCAAUAUGAAUUCCAGUAAAUUGAUUAAAACAGAACAGUUAUCGUCACCUGUUGAUAAUAGAAAGAUAUUAACUGUAAAAAGUGAGCCAGAAUGCGGCGACGAUACAAAUCCACCAUCUCUUUUAGCACCAAAUGUAAAACUGGAACCAUUGAGUGUAGAUUUGGCAUCUACAUUACCUGAAAUUAGUCCGAAUUACAAGCCACUGCCAUAUAUUAAUCCUGUGCAACGCAAGGAAGAAAUCAAACCUGUUGAUGAUAUCAUUUACGUCAAGAAUCAAAGAACAAAAGUAUAUUCUGGUAACAAAGUUGGUUACACGACCGUGCCGACAUUGUAUGAAAUGUGUAUCAGAGUAUUAAUAGAAAAUAUCGAUGCACUCGAGUUUACUGGCGGCGUACCAUAUGACAUAUUAAAGCCUAUUCUAGAACGUGCCACGCCUGAUCAAUUAUUCAUGUUAGAGCAUCACAAUCCAUACCUUAUAGAAGAUACAGACAUAUUAUGGAAAUACCAUUGUAACCGAGAAUUUAGGAAUAAUGAAAGACAAGAAAUGGAGUCAUGGCGUGAGAUGUACAUGCGUUGCUUGGAUGAAAGAGAAGCAAAACUGAAAACACUUACCGCCAAUAUCAAGCAAUCUAUAGACAAAUCCAUUCCAGUGAGAUCCGCUAAACUUGCUUAUGUGGAUAAUGUUGUGAAACCACCGCGCAAUGUAUUGAAAAAACAAGCAAAAUACGGUACAGCUAAUGCCAUUCCUGCUACCGUCUCCAGUGUAAAGAAAAAAUUAGUCAGCGGUGGUGCAACUAACAAUGCGACGAAUAUUGCUGUACCACCACCACCAAUGUCCCGAUUUAAAGCAUCAACAUCAAACAUGAAGAAGACAAAAGCACCACUUAUGGCAAAGGCGUUGCAAUUAAUAAAAGGUCGUUACAAACGAUAGUGGUAGUAGUAAUUUAACGAAUAUUACAAAUCAUUAAUCAUUCAAUUCCAGUAAGUUAUACAUCUGUUAUCAUUUUUUUAUAUUAUUACAUCGCGAGUUUAACACGUUCUCUGCCGUGUAAGGGGCAUGCGCUUUAAACUAAAUUUUGCGUUUAGCAACUUUAUAUUUUCAUGGUAAAUAUGUAUUAUAAUGGCAACCUCUCCUUUUUUUCUUGUAACUUUUAUAUUUUGUUUAUUUUGGCCUUUAAAUGAGAUUCUUAGAAGGAAAAUCGUCGGUCAUAUUUCGUUUA